AUGGCUUCCAACGCAGAGAAGCUGGCCUGUGAAAGCUGUAUUCGUGGCCACCGCGUCGCCAAAUGUCAGCAUACUGAUCGCCCGCUUCUCAGUGUCAGUAGAAAAGGACGUCCGGUCUCUCAGUGCAAUCACUGUAGGACCCUGCGCAACUCCCGAUCUGUUCACACCAAAUGCAAAUGCGCUUCGGCAUCACAUCAGGCAAUGCUGAAGCAGUUUGGACAAGAGCGAUGCCAGUGCGAUGAGGGUGAGACUUGCAAAUGUGCACACAAGACAGAUCGCAGAAAAAGGAAGGGCAUCCAGUCCCCACUCUCAACAGACAAAAGCACAACACCGUCAACUGCCUUAUCGCCUCCCGAAUCUGAGGACAGGACUACAGAGACUUCCCCGACACCAGCUCGUUCAUGCUGUGCCCCUACUUCAACGGCUUCUCAUGAUACAACCGACACCAUCGACCCAAUUUCGACUCUGAAUCUUGGUAUACCGAGUGCCUGGAACUCUAGCGACGUGCUUGAUACAUGGGACCCUCCAGUACUGGAUUAUUUGCCAGAAACCUUCUUACAGAGUCCGCCAAACUUGGCGGGAACCUGGGAUCUAGCCCCAGACUUUGGAUAUGGCCCGGGUCCUAUACCGAGUUUUCACGAUCCAUCAUCAACAGUGGGGCCAUUUGAUGCCAGCAAUCUUUUCAAUGACAUCGACAUCAGCCAAAUACAUAUCCCGGACGAAUGGGCACUUGGGGAUUUGACGAUGAGUGAGUCCCACGAUCCGGAAACACAGUCCAAGCCACUUUAA